GAGCACAAGACGCCCAUCAUGUCCGGCCUGGUGGGCGGCCUCCUCAUCGGCCUCAUCGGCAUCUUCCUGCCGCCCACCAUGUUCUGGGCCGAGUACGAGAUGAAGACGCUGGCCGACAACAGCCUCCCCCUGUGGCACAUCUGGCCCAAGGGCGGCUUCUACGGCACGGAAAAGUUCCUAAACGGCCACUACACGCUGUGGUCCUGGCUCCUGGUGGCCUUCUUCAAGCUCCUGGCCAUCAGCAUCACCGUCCUCUCCGGCUUCCGUGGCGGCUUCAUUUUCCCUCUCUUUUACGCCGGCGCGUCGCUGGGCCACGGGCUGGCCGACAUCCCAGGCAUCCCCUUUGUCAGCGGCCUCCCGCCCGUGAUCACCGCCAUGGCCAUGUCCGCCGGGCUCAACACGGCCAUAACUCGGACGCCCUUCGCCACGACGCUCAUCCUGACGACCCUGUCCGGCCACCCGGAGGUGGCGGCCCCCGCCAUUGCGUCGGCGCUGACGGCGUUCUUCCUGACAAUGAACUGGCCGUUCGUGAAGCCGCAGAGGGACAGGGCGGACAUCAGCCUGAUGGCGCUGAGCUUUGGGGAGGAGGCGGAUGGCGGCCGGCCCAUGCGCCGCGACCCCUCGCAGAGCGGCGUGGGAGAGAGCAGUGAGAGCAGCGACGGUCUCUGA